CUGCGUUUGAUCUUCAUAGAUGUGCCAGAGAUUGAAUCUGGAUUUACGGUCUUCUCCUUAUCGAACGUGCCCCUGGAUAUCCCCUGGAAUUUUUCUGGUUUCAGGAACUGACCGCCCACUUCUUGGCUAGCUUGAAGCCUUGGCGCGUCUUCUCCAGUCGGAGUGAUUGAUGGGGCGGAGCUGCUCCACCGUUGUCGUGAACUAAUUCAAACGACCAACGCUCCUUUAAUGCCAACAUUUGCGUGCGACAUGCUGCUUGCUCGCAAUUAUUCUCCGCCUCGACCCUUUGAAAAGAUGCAAUUCUAGAAUGUUAGCGAAAUAUUCGAAUCAUUUACGACAGGAUCUCGAUUGAUCCCGCAUAAUGGCCGACACUCAGUUGGCCCCUUCUCAGAGGGAGGCUGAUCAGAGCCUGGAGAAUAACACAAUUGAGAAACACGAUCUAAUCGCCGUCUCGAAUGGCACAAAACUGGCUUCACCCUUUCCGUCACCCACCGCCACAAACCGACCCGCCUCCCUGAGACAACCGCCGGCAACAGACGCUGCAGAAAACGAGAAGGCACCGGAAACGAAAGAACCACUCAAAGUGAGCGGAUCAGCCGCCUUGAAUAAGGAGAAUUUGCGUGCCUCCUCGACACAACGUGGCUCUCCAAAGGAGCAUCCCUCCCCGGGGACUCGGCUGCAAAACAACGACAGGGCCUCCUCAGCGAAUCGUCACAGACACCAAUCCUCGAUCCCCGGCGUAUCCCCUGCAUCCCGUACGCCAAGUGUCCAGUUUCGCGAUACAGACAACGAAGCCCCUGAUGCGCCCGCAUCCCGGGGGCCAUCCCGGCCCUCAUCCGUGUACGGGGAAGAUGGAGAACAACCGAGGGGAAGGUCUUUCAUGACUAGAUUGAAGUCUCUGGCUGCAUCUCCGCCCUUUGCAUCCCAUUCAAGGUCUGCGAGUGGAGCCACGCUUGGUGACUUCCGUCCAGCCCCGGCCGACAUGACGCCAGGCUCUGAGCGUGGCGAGUUCCGCUUUCCUGAACCCCUGACUGAGGAAGGCAGUGAUAUAGAUGCUGAUGCAGAAGAGAGCGGAGGCGAACAGCAAGCCGAACUUCCGAAAAGGAAGAGAAUCUUGCGACGUCGACGACAGACGGACGAAGACCUUGGAAGCCGCACUGCUCCCACAACCCCCAAGACUACACGCCGCCCGUCUUUCCAAUUUGCGUCCUCAUUUGCUCCGUUCGAGAAUUACCGGACCAAUCUCUUCCCCCGGAGAGCCAGCACGACCGACUUCACGCCUCAGCCUCGGGAGGGCGUAUCCGAGGACGAGGGUCGUGCUCAGUUAAGCAGGCGCAAGCGAAGUGCAUUGAGCACUCGCGGCUUCUCGUAUAUUGGGAGGCACCAGCAGGAUGGUGAUCAGGAUGAACCCCGGCGUCCUAGUCAGCUAAGACGUCUUACCGGCAUUGGAGGCCCAUCCGAAAAUAACGAGAGCCUUGCGGCGACCUGGAGACGCCAUCGAAACGAGCGCGGCACCAGUGCUAGUGCACAGCGCUGGAGGCAGAUCAAAGCUGGUCUCAAGCUGAUCGGUCAACGCCGCCGGCCAGAAAACGCGGUAGAUACCAAGAAAUCCGCAGAGCUGCUCGCUGAAUUGUCCUCUGCCGUGCCCGCUGCGUUGAUCCUAGCCAGUGCGUUCCAACGAGAUGAACACGGAAGCAAGCGAAUCCCAAUUCUCUUGGAGCAAUUGAAGGUCCGUGUUACCGACAGCCGCAUCGACUCGCAUUCUGGUGAUCGUCACCUGGUGUUCCGCAUUGAAUUGGAGUACGGAAGUGGCAUGACACGAAUGAAGUGGAUUAUCUUCCGGACUUUGAGGGAUUUCGCCAAUUUGCACCUAAAGUACAAGCUGCACCUUGGCACACAAAAGUACAUUCAGCUGCGAACGAGCGAGAACAGCCCUAGUCUGCCCCGUUUCCCCAGGAGUGCCUUCCCUUAUAUGCGUGGUGUUCGCGGACUGGAAAGCGAGUUUGAAGAUGAAGAAGAUGACGGCGGAUACGAGACUGGCCCCGAAGCCAUGAGCGGCACGGAAAAGGCAGCAAAGAAAAAGGGCAAGAACCCGCCAAAUCAACGCAGACCUUCCCAGGGUAUUGCUCGCAGGAAGUCUAGCAUCAAUAAUCAGGAAGGGGAGUCUGCUGCUGGACCUUCAUCAACCCACGAAGGGGCUGGUGGUAGACGAGAGACAUACCCUGAAAGACAACGCAAGAAACUGGAGCUCUACCUGCAGAAGAUGAUCCGGUUCUUGAUCUUCCGAGCGGACAGCAACCGCCUCUGCAAGUUCCUCGAGCUGUCUGCUCUUGGUGUACGUCUCGCCGCGGAAGGGAGCUACCAUGGCAAGGAGGGCUUCCUAAUUAUUCAGUCUUCAAAGGGUCUUGAUUUCCGUCGAGCUCUGACGCCUUCGCUGAUCAAGAAGCGGCAUUGGCCCAAGUGGUUCCUUGUUCGCCACAGCUACGUGGUUUGUGUGGACUCGCCCGAAGAGAUGAACAUUUACGAUGUCUUCUUGAUCGACUCCUCCUUCAAGAUGCAGACUCAAAAGAUGAGCCUUCGCAAUCAAAAGGCAAAGGACUUGGCUAAAUCAGCAAAGGAUUCGGCUAGACACCCUCAGCACCACACUCUUCGACUUGAAAACUCUGAGCGCAAGCUGAAGUUGUUGGCACGUAACGAACGUCAGCUUCUGCAGUUUGAAGAGUCGAUUCGCUUCAUGGCCGAAAACACUCCGUGGAUGCAGCCAAACCGGUUCGAUAGUUUCGCGCCGGUGCGUCAAAAGUGCUUUGCGCAGUGGCUAGUUGAUGGCCGAGACCACAUGUGGGUUGUAUCCAGAGCCAUCAACCAGGCAAAGGAUGUUAUCUACAUCCAUGAUUGGUGGCUCAGUCCGGAACUGUAUAUGAGACGUCCGGCUGCCAUCAGCCAAAAGUGGCGACUGGAUCGUCUCUUGCAGAAGAAGGCUCGUGAAGGUGUCAAGGUCUUUGUGAUCAUGUACCGGAACAUCAACUCUGCAAUCCCCAUUGAUUCAGAAUACUCCAAGUUCUCUCUUCUUGAGCUCCACCCAAACAUCUUCGUCCAGAGAUCCCCUAAUCAAUUCCGCCAGAACACUUUCUUCUGGGCCCAUCAUGAGAAACUUUGUCUGAUCGAUCACACGCUGGCUUUCGUGGGGGGAAUCGAUCUGUGCUUUGGUCGCUGGGAUACCCCACAGCAUUUGCUCACCGAUGAUAAGCCCACUGGGUUUGAAACUACAGACAUGCCUAAGGAUGCAGACCACUGCCAGCUCUGGCCUGGAAAAGAUUACUCAAACCCUCGAAUCCAGGAUUUCUACGACCUGGAUAAACCCUAUGAAGAAAUGUAUGAUCGCUCUGUCGUGCCCCGUAUGCCCUGGCACGAUAUUUCGAUGCACGUCGUCGGCCAGCCUGCACGAGAUUUGACUCGCCACUUCGUCCAGCGCUGGAAUUAUAUUCUCCGUCAGCGCAAGCCAACACGGCCAACUCCUUUCCUGUUGCCUCCUCCUGACUUCAACCCUGCCGACUUGGAGGCUUUGGGUCUGGAUGGAACUUGCGAGGUGCAAAUCCUGCGGUCCAGCAGCAUGUGGUCCACUGGCACACCGGAUGUCACUGAGCACAGUAUCAUGAAUGCCUAUGUCAAGAUGAUUGAAGAGUCCGAGCACUUUGUUUACAUCGAGAACCAGUUCUUCAUCAGUACCUGUGAAAUCGAUGGCAGGAAGAUUGAGAACCUGAUUGGCGAUGCUUUGGUCGAGAGAAUUGUCCGAGCUGCCAAGAACGAGGAGGCCUGGCGUGCGGUGAUCGUGAUCCCCCUGAUCCCCGGCUUCCAAAACACCGUGGAUAGCGAGGGUGGUACCAGUGUGCGUCUCAUCAUGCAGUGUCAAUACCGCAGUAUCUGCCGUGGCGAGACAUCCAUCUUCGGGCGUCUUCGGGCGCUUGGUAUCGAGCCUGAAGACUACAUCCAAUUCUUCAGCUUGCGAGCCUGGGGCAAGAUUGGUCCGCAGAAACAGUUGGUGACCGAGCAACUUUACAUCCAUGCAAAGUGCAUGGUCGUCGAUGACCGUGCCGCCAUCAUUGGAUCGGCCAACAUCAACGAGCGAUCUAUGCUGGGAUCGCGCGAUUCCGAGGUCGCUGCAAUUGUCCGCGAUACUGACAUGAUCUCGUCCACCAUGGCUGGCAAGCCUUUCCUUGUUGGUCGAUUCCCGCACACUCUUCGCAUGCGUUUGAUGCGAGAGCAUCUUGGCAUUGACGUCGAUGAGCUUUUGGAGCACGAUUUCUCAACUGAAGAGGAACUCCGCAAGAUUCAGGUCGUCGAAGAAGGCACCCAGCCGACUAAUGGUCGAGACCGCCGGGAAUCGGAGUCUUCUAUGAUCGAACGACAGGAUGAGCGUGAGAUGAUGGAGCGCCGUCAUCAAGUUCAAGACGAGUUCCUGUCCCGCUCGGAACACAUGCACAGCUUCAACCAUGACGUUGACUGGGAGCAGGGCAAGAACCCCAACCUGAAGAGUAAUCGUCGUCUUACUGCCGAUCCACGUGUAACAGACAACCCUGAUCACAAGAGAGACGUCGAUGGCGACGGUUUCGAUCACAUGAUCGAUGCCGAGAAGGCCGGUCUUGGAGUCGGUCGUGAUUCGCAAUUGUUGCCAAAUGGACGAGAGGCUCUCGUCUCGCCAAUUGCUUCCGAAGGAAAGGGUACUAUCAAGCAACCCAAGCAUCUCUCCGAGCGAAAAUCCUCUCGGACCACAUCGGCAUGCCAAGACGGGCAACAAAAUUCGUCGGCUGAUAAUGCCCGUGACUCGGAGACCAACACCAACUCGGACACCCCGUCGCACGGGCAUGCCGCCUCUGGAUCAUCGAGCCGCGAGUCCGGGGUUGGUAGCGGCGGCUUAUACGUGUCCAAGGAGACUCAAGACAACUCCACAUACGGUAACCCGCUCAUUCCCGAUUUGAAGCGUAUUUUUGUCGACAAGGACUGCAUGAAGGACCCCGUCAACGAUGCCUUCUACCUGGAUACGUGGCAAGCCCUUGCGGAAAAGAACACAAAGAUCUAUCGCUCUGUCUUCCGCUGCAUGCCAGACAGCGAGGUUAAGAACUGGAAGGAAUACAAAGAGUACGCGGCAUAUGGCGAGCGCUUUGCGGAGAUGCAGAAUCAGCAGGCCGGCAAACCGGCCCCAUCUUCGAACCAGAAGUUAACGGGCCCCUUCAGUCCUGGAGCUAGUGCCAGUGGACUUGCUUCCCCUACAUCCCUCGGCAGUCCCCGAUCCGAAGGAUUACCUGGCGACAUGAAGGCUCCUCAAACUAUCGAUGAAAAGGCCGCGCUUGCAAAAACCGAUGCGAACGGGGCUAAGAACGAACUUGAACGACCGCAGUCCGACCUGGCAAAACAGGAAACCCUCUCGUCCAUUGACGAAAAGGCAGCGCUGAAAACCGCAUCAGACCCUCACUUGCUGAGCACCGUGCAAAACAAAGAGGAUAAUCUUGCCGUCGAGGACGCAGAGAAGCAACGCCCGGCAUCAGUCCACGUCGAUUACUCCGAGGCUGUGAAUCUGAAUGCAGCGUCGACAUCGCAAUCUCGCAGACGGAGAAAACGGGCUACCACCAUCGGAUCUAAGAGCGGUAUCCAUGGAACGGACGAAGUACUGGACAAACAGCGCGCCGAAGACCUUCUCAAUAAGGUCCAGGGCCAUCUGAUUCUCUGGCCAUAUGACUGGCUUGAAAAGGAAGAGCAAGGCGGAAACUGGUUGUAUGCCUUGGACCAGAUCUCGCCUCUGGAAAUUUAUAAUUAAUUUCUUGUUAUCAACUUGCACUGGACGGCGUAAGAAACUUGCUUAUCACUCAUUCCUCUCGUCCGCUCUUGUCCUCUCUUUCUCUUUCUCGUGUGUACUUGAGCGCUACUGUUUUUGCUUGCUUCGUUCGAUGCAUCCAUCUCCUUUGAUCGGGUUUAUUAGACCAUCAUCCCUUAUAAAAGCGGGGCAUGAUUCCUUGAAACAUUUUGUUGCUACGAGCCUAUUGACUAGGCGGGCAUGUUUUUCGUGUGAUAAUUAGUCAAGUGCUAGAAAACUUAAUUGAUCGAUUGCAGAGCAAGAGAUGAGACGUGUUUAUAUACAGGGUAUCGUACUAUUCAUCUAAGAUCCAUCCGGACCCAGCUCAUGAGGACUGUGGAUGCACUAUUUGCUUCCGCAUCUUCUCCAGCCCGUCAAACCUUGCCCGCAGGGCAUUCGUCAAAAUCGAGGUUUUCUCCGCAGAUCCCUCCCAAUUGUCACAAGCUGAACGGAGCCGCUCAUGCGCAGCGGCAAAAACACUCUGUAGCUCGGGGGUACGUGUACACGACCGACCCAGGUCAUUCAUGUAAUGAGUCGGAUCCUGCACACAUAAGCGGCGACUAGCAGGCAGAUUCCCUCUUGCAGCAGCAGUACGCUUAGCAGCAAUGAGGGAGCGUUGACCACGUAGAUACGCAGAGUCCUCAGCCCCAUCGUUCGUACGCAGAUUGCCCGCGUCAAAAAAGCCCGGGGGGUCUACUGCAACGCCGACGGACUGCAGGUCAACCUCUCUACCGUAGAGCUGAAGGAAUGCAAGCAACUGGUCACCGAGACGGUGCAUACCAGGAAAGCGGCCAUGGUUCAUCUUCAAGAAGGUGACCAAUAGCAUGGCCAACGCGUCGGGGCUUAUACCCGCUUGCGAAGAUCCAAAGAGACCGCCCGCUUCGAGCAGAGCCCUCGUUGUUGCGUGCAAUGGUCGCAGAGACGGAUACUCCACCAAGUAAUCCUGUAGAUACUCCGUGAAUGCUGGCACUCGUUCGCCGCAGUAAAAUUGCAGCAGCAAGCCAGUGGGACGGUGUCGAGCUUCUAAAACUAGACUGCGUUUCCCAGAUAACCUGACACCAUCACUGAAAGCUGGGACGUUCUGCAAUGUCCUUUCAACUUGCCGGAGCAGAGCCAGAUGCGCAUCUCGGAUCUGAGGUCGAGUUGGACUCGGCCUGCGAGUCCUGUCCAGAGAACGGGGGAGAUCUUCAAAGGGGAGGAGGAAGUCUAAGUCUGAAUGCGCCAGCGCAAGACCUGUACGGCGAGAUCCGAUGAGAGUCGGUGUAUGCGGGACGGUUGAUUCUAGCAGUGCAGAGACCUCCACCCCCAACUGAGUGACUUGAUUUUGUUCAUCAGCGCUCGGAGCUAGGUAGCGGUGCAACGCUUGAAUCUCCGCAUCCAAGUACGCAGAGGCAUCACCAGGGGCGCCCUGGUUUUCUAGAUAGCUUAACCACGGAGUCUGACCCAGCCGACCAAAGCCCACAUCGCCCACAGACUGGAUCGCAUUCGUCUCGGGUCGAGCAUCCGUCGAAGAGGUGCUCGGUUCCGGGGUCCGUCUGUGUGAGCGCUUUUUAGCACUCGCCGCCUUCUCGGGGCCAAUGACCGGUGGCGUCAGUUGCAGCGAUGGCGGCAGUGGUGGCUGGUAUCCGGCACGAUUUUCUGGCGGAAUAUAGGGUCUAAAGAGGCCCGGGGAUGGAGCACGGGGGUAGGUUUUGCGGAUGAGACGAGCGCGGUUGGAGGCGCGGUGCGCCUCUAGGGUUUUGCGCAGGCUGUUGGCGAAGACGUCGUCAUCCUGGGAGGGUUGGAUGGUGCGGGCUCGCCGGGGGAAUUGGGAGAGACGAGAGAGUUGGAUGCCGGACAGUCGCAUCGCCGGGCGAUCACCGAGGCGGCAUGUUGUGGAGGAGAUUGAUGGAGGAGGAUUUAAGGAAGGAAAGUUGUAGGAGAACGAGGCCUCAGGCAGGAUUUGUACAAUAUGUGGAUGAGUCGUGUGACUACCAAAGGGGGUCGUUCGAUAACCCUAACUCGAUGAAAUUGAGGGUGUAAUCCUAGAUCACAUAAUUGCAUCAUCAGACUUGUUAUCGUUGCACGAACCAGUUGUGUUAUUCUUAAAUCAUUGAACAUGCUGUUG